CUUAUUUUCAGUUUCUUUUAAAGAUCAAAAGCUCAUGGUGCAGAUUAUUAUUUCCAGUGCUGGGGCUGGAGGCCUGGCAGAAUGGGUGCUGCUGGAGCUACAGGGGGAGAUCGAGGCUCGCUACAGCACUGGAUUAGCUGGAAACCACCUGGGAGACCUACAUUACACCACUGAGGGAAUUCCUGUGCUGAUUGUGGGGCAUCACAUCCUGUAUGGGAAAAUCAUCCACCUGGAGAAACCUUUUGCUGUUCUUGUCAAACAUACUCCAACGGAGCAGAACUGUGAUGAAUCUGGCUGCAGUAUAGGCACCCAGUACCUGGUGACAGCCCUCAUCAAAAACAAGAUCCUUUUCAAAACUCGCCCCAAGCCCAUUAUCACUAACGUCCCCAAGAAAGUAUGA